CGCCAGUCUAUAUAACUGGCAAUGGCUGUGAGGCAACGCUUUCCUUCGCACCCCACACCACCACUUGUCGCGCUUCAACGAUGGCAACCAAAGGAGGUUCAAACAAUGGUCAGGCCGCCAACGGCCGCGUCUCCAAAUCCAAGGCCGAAAUGAGAGCGGAGUCCAGGGCUGCGACCGAAGCGCGACUCGCCGCCCUCAGGGCCAGGUUGACCACGGAUGCCGCGAGAAUCCUCAAACCCGGAGUGGCGAAGGUGCUCAUGCCCAUCGUCCUCAGUGCCAUCGAGGCGGCGAUUCGGGCGAAGAUGUGGGCGCAAGAGAAUCCUAUCCUGGCCACCACCCUCGCUGGCACAGCGCUUAGCCUCAUCCUCGCCCCCAUUCUGGGUCCCGUCAUCCUCGGCGCUCUAGGGUUCGGACCUGGUGGUGUCGUCGCUUUGAGCUGGGCAGCCAUCAUGCAAGCCAACAUAGGAAACGUCGUCGCUGGUAGCCUUUUCGCGCUAGCGCAGUCCGCUGGUGCGACGGGAAUAAUACCCAUCGCGUGGUGCCUAGCUGCAGGGGCAGCGGGCGGCGUGGUAGCAUGUGGCGGGGCGGUGACCUACGACUUCGUAAGGGGCCGCGAACCUGGGAAGAAUGUCAGAAUUGCUGGCCAAGUAGCCAGUAUCGUGGGCAAGCAGGCCUAUGAUAGCGCCCGUGAGGCAGUCCGCGACUUUGGCGGAUCGGUGGCCCGGCGAUGGCGCGGUAUGUUCAACAAGCGGAAGCGCGAGUGAGGUGCGAGGGCAGAUCCUGACUAGGAUUUUGCGAUGCCUGAUCUGCGGUCGGCGAAGAUGUCUGCCAGUGCUUGCAGGUACACACGGAGUGCAGGCCGUUACCCACGGCGUAGUUCACCGACCUCCGUUGAUCAAUGUACUAUGGACUUUGUCCAGCAACACGACCGCCCUCUAUGUACAAUCAUAAGGAAUUGUAAUCCAACUUGCCAUGAAUCCGUCCACGAACUCCCACAUAUCCGCCUUCGUCCUGUCUCUCGUUCUCCUCACCUCUCCAGUCUGAUACAUCAUGGUCUUUAUCUACUUCACAACCGAGCAUCUGGUUGUCUUGCCAGAGUUGUUUGGCCUCAACUUGACUUUCGAGGAUCGGGUCAUUUGUGGCGAGCAAGCUUCCAAUUCCUAGUAUCCUCGCCACUAGAGGAAGC